AUGCAGUUCCUAUUCCAACCCCCCGUGUUUAGGCUUCAGCCCAGGGUUAUUCCUCUGGUCGCAACAACUCCAGUUGUUACCAUACCAACACCAAUCCUCACGACUCCCGUCUACUACCCUCUUGUUACUUACCCUGCAGUUACCUUCCAAUACUACCAACCGCCGACCACAUUCUUCCACGUCCCAUACUCCCCCCUUUCUCAAAUUAAAAUCAAAAUAGUCUUCCACGGCACCCAUCGCCCCGGCCACGCCCGAGGCCCGUUCAGCAUAUCCGUCGACGCCGCCUAUGACUCGCCGCCCAGCCGCGACACCCUCCGCAGCAACCUGUCAAUCCUGGCGACACAGCACGGCCUCGGGAACCGGGUGUCUUUACGCCAGGCGCGCCUAUACCUCACCAGGGAUGUAUCAACGCCGGUAGUGUUGGCCGGAGCCACGGCUGCUCCGCCGGCGGACCAUGUGGUGCGGACGGUGGAGUUGCGAGAUAGACUGCCGGCGAGAGAGCUCAACGCAGUGAUGGAGGGCAUUCGGGGGAGGCAGUAUGGGGCCGUUUUGGUGGUGAAUGUGAAUACCCGGGCAGAGAUUGAGAGGCAACGAAACGAGGCAGAAAACGAGGCAGAAAGCGGUGAUCGUGAUAGUGUUAGUGGUAGUGGUAGUGACGAGUAGGAGUUAGAGCAACUCUCUACCAUCUGUCAAUACCGGAUUUAGAGGAGAACAACGCUUAGAACCAAGAGCCUCUAGUCGAAGAGUCGUUAAAUGGCCGAGAUGCAACACGGAACCUGCUGGCGUUGAGAACAGUCAAUCACAACACCCGGGCAGUCUCUGAGCCCGUUCAAUAAAUACAUCUGCACCACCC